CUGAGGGGACCUGAGGGGCCAGCUGGACAAAGAGGCAUAUCAGGUGACAAGGGGAACACUGGGCCUCCUGGACAGAAAGGACCAAAGGGAGGUGAAGGAAACAGAGGCAACCAAGGGCCACAGGGAGCAAAGGGGCCACAAGGUAAACAGGGAUACAGGGGUGCACCAGGUGACAGAGGAGCACUUGGAGUCCCAGGGCUCAAAGGUGAGCCAGGCACCAAAGGUUCUUCAGGCAUGCCUGGACAGUUUGGACCAGGGGGCAACACUGGGGCAGCAGGGACCAAAGGCCAGAAGGGGCUCCAGGGACACACUGGUCCCCCUGGCAGUAUAGGUCCCCCCGGACAAAUUGGACCAUCAGCACCAGGUCUGCCAGGCGAGAGAGGUGUGGAGGGAAAAAGUGGAAUCCCUGGACCAAAGGGUACACAUGGUGAGAAUGGCAAGCUCGGUCUUCCAGGCAUCAAAGGAGACACGGGCAUUAGAGGUCAAAAGGGUGCAAAAGGAGAACCUGGAACAAGAGGCACAAUGGGGACAUUGGGGAAGAUAGGGUUCAUUGGCACUGCAGGUGCUAAAGGUCAACGUGGACCUGCUGGUCCUCCCGGUCUUCCAGGAACUAAAGGAAUACACGGGCCAAAGGGGAAAAGAGCCCAGCCUGGAAGGAAAGGCGAUAAAGGAGCUACUGGAAAAACUGGAGCUGAAGGCCCGCAGGGUAGACCUGGAGCUGCUGGACGACCUGGAAAACCAGCAAGUAUCCCUUUUAACAGAUAAAAUACGUACAGGACUCUUCAUUUCAAGUAUAAAAAUUAAAAUAACAUGUAAC